AUGGACAUUGGCAGAAUGAAUUACAGGAGAUCGUCCCACUGUCGAGUGUCACGCGCCGCCACUUCCGGUAUCGGCAGGCUCCUCAAGCAUCCCAGGCGAAAGCAGUCGGCGAGGAUCAGGAAAUGCAUGUGUCUGCCGUCCAAUUACGCCCUCGUGGAGUUCCCUGUGGUCUGGUCCGAGCUCAGGGCUAACCAGCAGCUGUGCGACGGUGUCAUAAGAUGUCCAGAUCAAGUCUUCCCAGUCCAUCGGGCCAUAUUAUCCGCGGUGAGCCCUUACUUCAAAGCCCUCUUCACCAACAGCUUAAAAGGCGGCAAAACUGAGACCACAGAGGUUGUCAUUAGUUCGGUUCCCGGCGAAAUCUUCAGCCUAAUCCUUGAUUAUGCUUACACGGGAACGUGCAACGUAAACGUCGACAAUGUCGAGCAACUCUUGCCGCUCGCCGAUCAAUUCGAGGUGCUCGGAAUCGUUCAGCUCUGUUGUCAGUUUUUGUUACAAGAGUUACGACCCGAAAAUUGCUUAGGUAUCUUCAAAUUUGCACGCCACUACUUCUGCCGCGACCUCGAGAAACAGGGCCGGAAGUACAUACGUCACCAUUUCAAGCAGAUACUGAAAGAGAGCGCGGAGUUCAAGGAGCUCCUUUGCGACGAGCUGGAAGCAAUAUUGCGCGACGACGAGCUCAAUGUUAAAAACGAGGAGAUAGUGUUCGACGCCGUGAAGACGUGGGUCGAAAAUAGAGUCGAGGAGAGACGAGUUUAUUUACCGAGGUUGCUGGAAUGUAUACGCUAUGGUCUCAUGAGUCAUAAGUAUUUCAUUAAUAACAUCGUCAAAUGGAAGCUCGUCGAGGAAGAUGAAGCAUGCCAGCAAAUCCUGCGUCCCAUAAAUGCCUAUCUGAUCGAGCAAGAUUCAAAGCAGAACGAUGGAGAGAUUGACCUAAAAAAUCCUCUUGCAAGACCCAGAAUUCCGUACGAAAUUCUUUUUGCGAUCGGUGGAUGGAGCGCCGGCUCGCCCACCAGUUUUGUAGAAACGUACGACACAAGAGCUGACAGAUGGUUUCUAUCAGUGAAUACGGAUGUAACGUCGAGAGCUUAUCACGGACUGUGCGCUUUGAACAGCCUCAUUUACAUGAUUGGUGGAUUCGACGGUAACGAGCAUUUUAACACGGUGCGAUGUUUCGAUCCGGUGACGAAAGAGUGGCGGGAACGAGCCUGCAUGUAUCAUGCCCGAUGUUAUGUCAGUGUUUGCGCACAUGGCGGCAAGAUUUAUGCCCUCGGCGGCUACAACGGUCGCACGAGGAUGAGCUCCGGCGAACGGUAUGAACCGCAGAGAAACCAGUGGGAAAUGAUACCGUCCAUGCACCGGCAACGCUCUGACGCGAGCGCGGCUGCCCUGCACGACAAGAUCUACAUCGUCGGCGGCUUCAACGGCCAGGAGGUCCUCGACUCGGUGGAGGUCUUCAACGUGGAGACCAAUCAGUGGACCAACAUCCAUUCGAUGAUCAGUCCGCGAUCCGGCGUCUCCCUCGUCGCAUUUCACGACAGCCUCUACGCUCUCGGCGGAUUCAGCGGCGUUACGAGGCUAAGUUCUGGAGAACGUUAUACCCCAAACCAUUCGGACCAAUGGCACGGAAUAUCGGAGAUGUUUAGUCCACGCAGCAAUUUUGCCACGGUCAUCCUUGACGACAUGAUUUUCGCCAUUGGCGGUUACAACGGCUCGAAUACAAUCGCGUGCGUCGAGUGCUACGACGCUGAUUACAACGAAUGGUACGACGCAUCCCCCAUGAAUCUCAGUCGCAGUGCACUCAGUGCCUGUGUGAUAGAGGGUUUAGCAAACGCGCGCGAGUACUCCUAUCUCGGCAAGGCGCGGGAUCUCGGUCAAGGACAAGCGACAUCGAAAAAUCGCGAGAAGUCCGAUCGGCCUGGCGAGGGUUCCACUGAGACUAAUGUUAUAAUCUCCGCGCGAGAGGAUGGGCAGAUCGACGUAAGCGAGUCAGCGCACGUUGCGGGCCCUACAGAUGGUAUGGCCGAUGGUAUAGGAAAUUUCAACGAGGAGAACGACAAUGACGAAGAGGAGAUGCAAGGAGAGCUGCUGUACGUUGUACAGCAGCUUGAUUAA